AUGUCAUCGCCCGCAAUGGCUGCCCGCAAUACUCUUCGCCGCUCCCUCCUCUAUGUUCCGGGCUCGUCCCAGCGCUUCCUCGACAAGUCCCGCUCUUUAGCAGCAGACUGUCUCACCUAUGAUCUCGAAGACAGCGUCACUCCGCACAUGAAAGCGGAGGCCCGCUCCCUCGUGCGGAGAGCGAUAGACCAACCCACCCCGACCAACAUCCGGGAAAGGGCAGUGCGAAUCAACUCCGUCGACAGCGGAUUAGCACUGGGUGACUUGACAGAAGUGCUACAAUCACCCAACCUGACCACAAUCGUUAUUCCAAAGGUCAACUCUGCCUCAGACCUUACCUUCGUCACAGACGUAAUCAACCACACCCUCGCUCAACAAAAGCACCACCCAGAAAGACCCCCAAUCUCCCUCCUCGCCCUAAUUGAAUCCGCCAAAUCUCUCACAAACCUAUCCCAAAUCUGCUCCUCCACCCCCCUCCUCCAAGGCCUAAUCUUCGCCGCCGAGGACUUCGCCCUAGAUCUAAGCAUAACACGUACCCCAUCCCUAACCGAGUUCCUGUUCGCCCGCUCCGCAAUCGCAACAGCCGCCCGAGCCGCCGAGCUCCCCUCCACAAUCGACCUAGUCUGCACGGCCUACAAAUCCGAUAAAGCGGAUGGAUCCCCGCCCGCGACGUUGGAAGAGGAAUGCCGUGAUGGAAGACGGUUAGGAUUCAAUGGGAAGCAGUGUAUCCACCCGACGCAGGUGGGAGUUGCAAAUUCUAUUUUCGGACCUGAUGAGGAGGAGACGAAGUGGGCUAUCAGGGUGGUUAUUGCGGAUGAGAAGGCUGCUGCUGCUGGACGGGGUGCUUGGACGCUCGAUGGGAAGAUGAUUGAUGUGCCGGUUGCGGAGAAGGCGAAGGCUAUUGUUAGGAAGGCGGGAGCUUGUGGGGUUGAUGUUGAGAAAUUGAGGGAGGAGUGGAAGCAUCAGGAACCUGAGUAG